UAGAUUAUAUCACUAUACUUACAUGCUGCAAUAAACAAGCGCUGUAAUCACUCAAAUUUAACCACACAUAAACAAAAAAUAAAAGUAUUUAACGGUCCAAACCAGAAAACACAAGGAAGAAAGGAAGCAGUGACAGCUGUCAAAUAUCAGCUUCCAAUUCCGACAAACGACAACAGCGAUACCAGCGGCAUCCAACGGAUUGAUCACCAACUAAAAACACUGUUCCAAUUCAUCCCAUAAGAGUGAAUACCCCCUGCCCCCUGGUCUUAUAUGUGUUUUGUGUGUUGGAUGACGGAUGCAUCAUGUCGUAGUAAAUAGCAUUAUCGGUAUUUUUUUUUGUUAAACAAGCGGCGUUGCUUAAAAACGCCAGAAUGUUGUCCAUAGGCCCUAAAAUGGAUGGGGGACCAAAUCUGAAGUAUUUUGAGUCCCCCGAAACUCUCACAGCUCUGGAAGGAGUGAAGCAGUGGUUGCAAAAGAACGCCAAAAAGUAUGUACAAAAUGAACAACUGACCAAUAAAUCCUUAUCCAGUACAACAAUCCAGUUUAUGCAGUUUCAAGAAGAUUUUCUUGGUAAAAAUACACAGAAGCCGCCUAUGACUCGAAUUCCUGUGAAGUACUUUCUUGAUUUCAAGCCUGGUGGGGGUUUGUGCCAAAUAUUUUUAGCUGCUUACCGUUUCAAAAAUGAGCAUGGAUGGAGAAGGUUUGAACUGCCAUCAGGAAAGAAUGUUUCAAAGUUGGAAAAGGUGUAUGAAAUGUUCCAGUCAAUAGAAAAGGCUCUGAUCAAUGCCAAGAUGUAUGCAUUGCCCAUUGUGUAUAUAAAAUCGGACGUAGAAAAAAGUAUACAGCAAAAAGUGAAAGAAAUCAUUAAGCGUAGAAAUGGACAGGUAGUGGAAAAUGAAGAAACAGCAACUCACAUAAUAUAUGGAUAUGUAGAUCCAUUAAAAGAGGAAUAUGGAAGACCUGUCACCAGAAGAGAGAAGAUGGUCAUGAUGCACUGGUACUAUUUUCCCAAUUCAUUCGAUACAUGGGUAAAUCUUGAAAGUGUUGGCUUGGAUGGGUUAUCUAUGGACAGUGAAAGCCCCAAGUCUGGCCCCUGGAGAGUUAGUUGUACAUGGGUCUAUGACACUGACCAGUACAAUGAAUGGAUGUCAGAAGAAGAUUAUGAGGUUGACGAAAAUGGCGUGAAAAAGGUCCAUCCUAGACUCAUGUCAGUGGAAGACCUCAUGAAUCCUUCUGAAGAUAGGAACAAGAAAAAUAAAGGAGGUAAGAGAAAAAGGUCUCCUUCUCCCCCAUCCAAAGUUGGCAAAAGGAAAAGUGGCAGAAGCCCUGCUGUUGGAAAGAAAACUAGGCCUGAAGAUCCUGAAUCAGAGGAUUUGACAAAAGAUAUGGAGGAACCCACACCAGAACCAAAUAUUGUAGAAGUCAACUCAAAUGGCUCAAACAGUCAACCUACAAAGAAAGACCAUGAGCUGCAACCACUUAAGGGUGGCUCUAUAACAGAUUUAGAGGAAUCAGAAGAGAGGGGUGAAGAUUCCCAAACUGGCAAGAACAGUGAUAGUAACACCCAAGAUGAUGGACAAGAGGAUAAUGUUACAGAACAGACUCACCAUAUUAUCAUUCCCUCUUACUCAGCAUGGUUUGAUUACAACUCAGUCCAUGAAGUUGAAAAACGCGCGUUGCCAGAGUUUUUCAAUGGUAGGAAUAAGUCGAAAACGCCCGAGAUAUAUCUAGCUUACAGAAACUUUAUGAUUGAUACUUACCGCCUUAAUCCAACAGAGUACAUUACAAGUACAGCGUGUAGACGUAACCUAGCUGGGGAUGUGUGCGCCAUCAUGAGGGUGCAUGCAUUCUUGGAACAAUGGGGUCUUAUCAACUAUCAAGUGGACACAGAUUCAAGGCCAACGGCUAUGGGACCACCCCCAACAUCCCAUUUCCAUAUCCUAUCUGACACACCUUCAGGACUUCAACCUGUUAAUCCGCCUAAAACUCCACAGCCUAGCGCGGCAAAAACUUUAUUGGACUUGGACAAACCGCAAGAAACUAAAAAGCCGGAAACUGCUCCUGAAAUGUCUAGCUUUGGUCUGAAAUUGGAUCAGUAUGCUAAAAAGCCAGCUGUACUUAGGAAUAAAAGUGCUGCGUCCUUGACUAGAGAUUGGACAGAACAAGAAACUUUACUUCUUUUAGAAGGAUUGGAGAUGUAUAAAGACGACUGGAACAAAGUUUGUGAGCACGUCAGCUCACGUACUCAAGACGAGUGUAUCCUUCAUUUCCUGAGACUGCCCAUAGAAGAUCCGUACUUAGAAGAUCCAGAAGCUGGCGGUGCUUUAGGGCCACUAGCUUAUCAGCCCAUCCCCUUCAGCAAAGCUGGAAAUCCAAUCAUGUCCACAGUAGCUUUCCUAGCUUCCAUAGUCGACCCGAGGGUUGCUGCAGCAGCUGCGAAAUCGGCCAUGAAUGAAUUCGCAAGCAUAAAAGAUGAGGUACCCGCUGCUGUGAUGGAUGCCCAUUUGAAAAAUGUCGAGGCUUCAAGUUCAGAAGGCAAAUACGACCCAGCGGCAAAUCUUGCUCUCACUGGCAUUGCUGGCACUGGUCCAGAAAAAGAAGAUGAAGAAAAAGUAAAGAAAGAAGAAGCUAAAGAAGAAGAAAAAAAUGAACAGAAGAAAUCUACCGAAGUACUGGAAGAGAAAAGUGGCGAUAAAGUGAAAUCCGAGACUUCUGACAGUGAAAAAGAUGAGAAAAUGGAAACAUCAGAUGUGAAAGCAGAUAAAACUAUCAAAGACAGUGAAAUGCAAAGUGCCGCUGCGGCAGCCUUGGCAGCUGCCGCUGUAAAAGCGAAGCACUUGGCAGCUGUGGAGGAAAGAAAAAUUAAAUCUCUUGUAGCUUUACUGGUUGAAACGCAAAUGAAAAAGCUAGAAAUCAAACUGAGACAUUUCGAAGAACUCGAGACAACGAUGGAACGAGAGCGAGAAGGGCUCGAAUACCAAAGGCAACAGUUGAUCACAGAACGUCAACAGUUCCAUUUGGAGCAGCUCAAGGCAGCCGAGUUCAGAGCUAGACAACAGGCGCACCAGCGGUUACAGGCCGAACAAGGGCAGUGGCCUGCCCAACAACAGCAAACUGCCCAUAAUGCUCCAGCCGGGGAAAGUGGACCUAGCACGACACCCACCCCACCGUCUCCACAAGCUUCAGCUGUUGCUUCGCCCCAAGCGCCCCCACACCAUCACAUAUAGGGCAUUACCAAAACUGCUCAACAGUUCUUCUUGAUGAGGAACGUUGCAAACCUUCCUGCAUUCUAAACAUGUACUUCAAAAGCAAAUAGCUGCCCGUAUACACAUUAUUUCGCGCCAACUACUGUAACGUCCCGCAGGGGUAUUACGUACCUUUAAAAGUGACAUUGUGUCGGUUUUUUUGACGUCAUAUAGGUUUUUCUAUAAGAUGUUAACUUAGUACUAGCUGGUAUACACUUGUGUACUCGUUCCGAAGCUGUACGUAUUGCCUAAACGUCACGAUGCUUCAGCUUUAGAUGGCUCUGAUGUGAUUUAACAUCUGCUUCAGAGAUGACAUUAUUGGAGGUCUAACCUGUAAGUUGUAUACGAGGGAUGUCUUUUAAGUUUUGCACAUGGUAAUAAAACAACACCUUAGGUAGUUUUAAAUGACUUUAUUGUUUUUCGAAGUGUUCUCCACGAAGAUUAAUACACAUCUGCAUGCGCUCGAACCAAUUUUCGAAGCACUUAUUCCACUCAUUUGCUGGCAGAUCCAAAACGGCAUUUUUGAAUACAUCAACUACUGCUUCUUCUGGUGACUGGACCACGCAGUCUGUUUUUAAUUUUCGGGAACGUAAAGAAAUCGUUAGGACUUAGAUCGGGACUAUAUGAAGGAUGGUCCAAUAAUUCCACGUUUUCUUCCGUUAAAUACUACCUUGUUUUUUGAGCUGUGUGCGAGCUUGCAUUGUCUUGGUGGAGGAUGAUUCUUCUAUCGGGAUUGAUUUUUCGGAGCUCGGUGAUGUCUUUUGGCAAACCCCUUUCCCCUGUAUCCCCUAUAGCCCCACGGUACCCAAUGGGUGUUUAGGCCACUUCGAGAACGGAUGACUUUUGUUGGCAUUUCUUCACCUUGGAACACCCAAACAGCCGACUGUGGUUUAUUUUCUGGUUCAUAACAGUAAAUCCACGAUUCAUCACCACUAACAAUGCUGUACACAUUUUUUGAGUUUCCGUUAUUGAAACGGUCAAGCGUUUUUUGGCACCAAUUAACCCUGGCUGCUUUCUGUUCUUCAGUCAACAGGUGGGGUAUCCAACGAGAAACUAAUUUUCUUACUCCUAAUUCUGCAUGUAAAAUUUUUUGAAUUGAGGUCUUUGAGAUCUUCAAGGACGCCUCAAUCUCGCGCUAUGUCACAUGUCUUAUCUUCAAUGAUGAGUUUGCGCACAGCAUCGACGUUUUCCUGGGUGACUGCCGUUUUUGGUGCACACAGCCUGGGAUCGUCGCUAAGACUCACCCGUCCACGUUUGAGUUCUCCAUACCAAUGGGAAAUUGUCGACUGAUGUGGCGCUUCGUUGCCGAAAACAGAAACUCAGCAAGGCAUUCUUGUUGAGAUAAUUGUCUCUGAAAGUUGUAAUAAAUUAUGGCGCGAAAAUGUUCUCGGUUGAGUUCCAUUUUCUAAUGACUUGGUCACACUUAAAAAUUCACUGUAGUGAGAACACUGCAUGUAUUGUUGUGAAACUUUGGAUUUAAGUUUACUAAAGUGUGAGGUUAAGAUUCAGUACUGACGUUCGAUCCGCGCGGCCUACUGUUUCUAUAUGCAAAACUUAAAAGACAUCCCUCGUACCAUGACUGGAAAGACACGGCAUUGCAUAGAUGAAUAGUGAGGAUUUGUAUGCUCAUCUGUGUUGAUGACAAUUCCGUUGCUUCCUUGUCCCAAACACACUUGAGAUGUAUGCAAAGCUAAAAAUUAGUUCCGCAUCCGCUUUUUCUUAUUCAACCUAAAAAUUACAUAUGCAGAUUUGCUGAAUUUCAAAACAGAGAGCGAUAAAAAAAGAAAAUGACUGAUUGGUGAAGUAUAUUGAAACUAACAGGCGAGAAAAUAUGGUACAUACAGGAAUAUUUAUGAAACGUUAAAACAUUACAUUUUUUUACGUAAUAUCCCUGCCGGGAACACGUGCAAAAUCGUUUCUGAUAGUGCUUGUCGAUAAAUGUUAUGAUAAAAUGGAAAGGAAUUUUAGACGUUCUUUCAUCGUGAGUGGCGCGAACUUUUCACCACCUAUAAAAUUUUGUCAAGUGCCACGCCACGUCAGACGACUACAUGAUACUAAGAGGACUGAAAAAACAGGUAUACUGAGUGACAAAAAAGGUAAACACCUACGUAUGUUUAUCCGAUUUUAUUAAUUUUUGGCAUACAUGUUCAGUGACCCUUACUUGUGAAAUUAUUAAAUGUUCAACUUGAUUCAACUGACUGUAGAAUGCUGGUUCAAAAUGUGUUGAGGAUCCACGAUUUCUUAUACACUCAUUGACACGCCUGGACAUCGUGCUGAUAAGGUGGUCGAUAUCCUGUUGGGGGUCGAUAUCCAUUCUAGGCUACUGCAGCUUCGUGAGUAAGAGCUGCUAAAGUCUGUGGAGGGUGUUGCAACUUAUUCAAAAGCCUGCGACCUAUCAUAUCCCAGACAUGUUGGACAAUUGGAGAUAGGUCAGGCGAUCAGGUCAGGCGAUCGUGGUGCCAAGGUAAACAGUUGAUCCAUGAAGGCCAACAGUGCUCUGGCAACAUGCGGUCUGUCAUUGUCUUGCUGAACAAUCGUGAUAUGGAUUGUGUUUAGGUGUGGAAUAAUAUAAGGCUCCACUGCUUCCUGAAUAUAGCGUCGGGCUCUCAUAUUGCCUCUGAUGAAAAUUAGUGGUGAUCUGCUACCAUAAUCAGUAGCACCCCAUACCAUAACUCCCACGGUGUGGUGAACGUGGCGCUCUCUGUAAAAUUGUUGGUCACGUCUUUCACCACGUCGCCUUCUCACUCUUGCCCGACCAUCGUGCAUCCCCAGACAGAAGCGGGAUUCGUCACUAAAGACCACCCGAUUUCAUUCCCGGUCCCAUGGAAUUCUUUCUCUACACCUGAGAAAACGGUUACGCCGAUGUUCAGCUGUGAGAGGUUGCACCCAAUGUAGUAGAUAAGAAAAAAGGCCAAACUGUCGUAUUCAGCGAUAUACCGUACGCAUACCAACCAACCUUACAUGCUCUUCAAACCACUGAUUAGCGAUGGCUUGAGUACUACUGAAUCUGUCUCUCAGAGCCAGAAGUCUUAACCGGAGGUCUUGUCGCUCUGUGGUCCCUCUGGGACGUCCAAAACCUUUCGCUCGCUGUCCUCGUCCUUCCUGAGUCCACACUCGUUCACACUGCAGUAUACUGCGUAAGGAUCUGUUGGUCCUCCUAGAAACUUCUCUUGUCCAUAGACCGGCUUCACGCAACCCGACAAUUCGACCCCUCUCAGGGCCGCGCGACCCCCCCACGGCGCCUGUGUGCGAAACCUAUGAAGCGCCUCUUUUUUUCAUGAAUCUUAAUAUUUCCAUUUAUUUUUAUUUCUUAUUUGUUAAUUUUGACCGAAAUAAAUGCUCUCAAGUUUUAUAAAAUUAGAUAAUAUUUUCCGAAAUAGGUAAAACCAGUUGGUUUUCGCUUGCCAAUUAUUACGAAAAAUUAAACGCGAAUUAAAUUUAACAUUACGUAUGCUAUGUUAAAGUUCCUUAGUCGGGCUGGCGGGGAAUCCCCGUGACCCCACCCCGCUUGCGUCGCAGGCAUCGCAUCGGUCGGGUUGCGUUCAUAGACUCAUUCAAACAAACGCAUGACGGCUCUUUUGAUUUUAACGCUGAGCUCGUAAUUAUUGUAAACUAAAGCCCAAAGCGUAAAAUUAAACCACAAACGUGAAUAUUAUCUUGGGACACUUUGUUGUUUUCGAGACAUUUGUUGCGCCUAUUAUACCUACUUAUUAUCGAUACUCCACUACAUUGAAAUAUGUUGUUGUGUAAGUGUAACAAAAAUGAUUUUGAUAGCGGCGCGCCGGCGCCCCUAUUGUCUUGGCGCUUGUGUGCGCUGCACACUUCGCACACAGGGGCGGCGCGGCCCUGACCCCUCUCAAAGUCACUUAGCUGGGACACUCGGCGAAUUCUACGCACCUAGGCAUUUUGAGCAAUCACAAAAAGGCUUCUCAAUAAGCUACAAGAAAUUUAACAUUUAACUGACACCGUAUAUGUACGAAAACUGAAUGCUUCUUUAUCACCAAACAAUACACGCAGCCACUACAAAAACUUGACAGAAAAACCUGACCAUUCUAUAACUUGUCCAUGGCAAGAUAAAUCUAUAUUUGAAAAAUUCUUGAAUUCUAAUAAACAUACGUAGGUGUUUACCUUUUUUCACUCAGUAUAUAUAAAAAGUGGAGGACUUCUCCCGGUCCGUGAAAAUAUAAAAUACGUUAUCAAACCUAUAGUCCAGGCGCUAGAUGGAUCAAUAAUUCGGACCAGUUUAUGAUUUUUUAUAUCCCCUCCCUCAUUUCCAAAAACAGUUAGUUUUGGCUUCAACAAUUUUUUUCUGAUUUCCCGGGCCAUUCUGAACAAGGAAGGUCCUUAGUGACUUUUCUAUAAAGUUAGUCAUUUCUGAACUAUAAGCUGUUUAAUGUCUGAAAAACCCUACAAAUGCGCAUCUUCAAUGAUUAAAAAACUGUAAAAAAUCAUAAUAUUUGAAGGUGUCAGGCAUCUAAAUUAAAGCUAAAACCUUUCCUUUCGAAAAGUGUUUCAACAUGCAUUUAUUUUAAAGCGAUUUUUAAGCUAGUUUGGCAAGAUCUGGAUUAUUAUUUUUGACCUCUUCUCAGUUAAUAUCUGUGCAUAAAGCGCGGUCCUCACAUUUUGCAAACUCAUUUCCAUCCAGCGCCUGGUAUACUAUCCAUAUCUCGUCCUGAAAUAACUAGUUCAGUUUUGGAAUUGGAGUUCCUCGCGUAAUUAUGUGGUCUAGAAAAAACAUUUUGCUCUUGUGUUGGCAGGCUUUUUUUUCGCGGACGCAAACCGCCACAAUUUUCUGCGCGGAAGAACGUUGGGUAUGGCCAGCUAUUCAAUAGCGCAAUUGUCGUUUAUUUAUCUCGCGGAUAGCGAUACAUUUUGUUUCUCUUAUUAGGGUUCUCAAAGUCCUGAAUGAGUUUCCAAAAAUCGCGUGGCAACUUUUCCGAGAUAAGUGGAUCGCGAGGUUUAACGAAAAAAUGGUGUAUUUUCGUUUUUGAUGGCCCUAAUAAUGACAACUCGUAUCAUCACUGGCGCAAGAGAAAAAUAUUGCUUAUUCGAUUUUUUUUUGACAUCAGUGUAGGCACACUAAUUCUAUGAUUACCUCCACCAUAUGUUCCACACAUAAGUUAAAGUUGCACCAAAACUCGAAACAGUAGCAUUACACCUCGUUAUCAUGAUUUUUUACGAUUAAUAUGGCUUUUUGUACUACUUUAUUUCUAUUAUAUUUUUACAGUCAAUUGUGUGAGGCGACGCGUAUUAUGUAUAUUCAAAACUAAUUAAUUUUUGCCCCUCCCCCCCUCCUUUCCUCUCCCCGCUUUGAGUGAAACAUAUUGCACAUGCUUUAUGUUUUGAGAUAAAAAAGUCCUCGUCAUAUACAUAGAAUGGCUAUCAAAUAUCUAGGGUAUCAAUUUACAGAAAAUAAUUAUGUACUAGUGGUAGUCCGUGUAUUUUGCUGAUGGAUAAAAUAAGCAGCUUUAUCAAUUUUAUUUUUUAAACUGAUAAUUUUGUAAAAAUGGAUAAUAUCGUUUAUGAAAUUAAUUUGAUUUUUACAAUGCUUUUUUGUACAAUUUAUGAAAUCUUUAUAAUAUUCUAGCGAUUGUAUUGGUAUAUUAAAUACAUUUUUACAAUGUG